ACAACAACAACAUAAACCUAUCAUUCACCAUCCUACUGAACAACAUACAGAUGAUAUCAGCUCAUUAACUACUUCCUGUUUUCAAGAACUCUCCGACCUGACCAAAACAACUACUAUCACUACAACCUCUACGACUUCUUCCUAUUCUUUUGAACUUCCUCAAGAAGAAAAGAGUUUGAAUAAACCUUCUACAACAACCAGGUCCACUCAAACUACUGAUCCUUCUUCUACUAUUCAACAACCUUCUCCCCCUGCAGUUUCCAACAGAAAAAAGAAGAAACUACCGAAACAUCCUAUUUGCAUUGAUACCAAUGACGGAAUACGACAAACAACAACAAGUAAUACAACUACAAGUACAAAUACACCCGUAUGGUCACCCUUUCAUCGUUCUCCAUCCAUGAUAUCUAGUGGUGCUGUUGCAUCUACCUCGGCAGCUCGUAUUGAUCUUGGAAACCUCAGUGAUGAAGAAGAAGCCGUUUUGGAAGCGGAAAUUGCUGCUCGACGUGCAGCUAGACGAUCAAGACGAAGAAAACAUUAUGCUGAUACAGAUGAUGAAGAUGAUCAUGUACAAAUUGGAACUCGUGUAGCUGAAGGACAUCGAAACUAUCAAUUGAUGUAUGAUAUGCUGACUGGUAUUAGAAUUGCUGUAGGAAGAGUUUCCGCCAAAAUGCGACGAGAUCCUAAUCCGGAUGACUUUACAGCUGCUCACAAGUUGGUUUUUGAUGUUACUGGCAAUGAAUUGACUCCAGGGGUGAAAUACGAUUUCAAAUUCAAGGAUUAUGCUCCAUGGGUGUUUCGGAAUCUUCGUGAAAUCUUUCAUAUUGAUGCUGCUGAUUAUUUGAUGUCUUUGACCCACAAAUAUAUACUUUCUGAACUUGGAUCUCCUGGAAAAAGUGGUAGUUUCUUCUAUUAUUCUCGGGAUUAUCGUUUUAUUAUCAAAACCAUUCAUCGCUCAGAACAUGUGUUUAUGCGGAAAAUUCUUAUGGAUUACUAUGAUCAUGUACGACGAAAUCCAAACACUCUUUUAUGUCGAAUUUAUGGACUUCAUCGGAUCAAAUUACCUCGAGGUAGAAAAAUACAUUUUGUUGUUAUGGGUAAUGUAUUUCCAUCCAACAAGAAUGUACAUGAAACUUAUGAUUUGAAAGGAUCUACAUUUGGAAGACUUACUACCGAUGAUGAAAUCAAUAAAAAUCCUUAUGCUGUCAUGAAGGAUCUUAACUGGAUCAAACGGAAAAAGAAGUUGGAAUUAGGCCCUGAAAAACGAAAUCUAUUCUUAACUCAACUUCAAAAGGAUGUGGCGGUAUUAACCAAGUUGAAUAUCAUGGAUUAUAGUUUAUUGAUUGGAAUUCACGGGAUCGAAAAGGGAAAUGAUGAACGUUAUCGAGAUCAACAUCUUCAGCUGAUAGAGACUCGUGGACUUGGAUUAGAGCGACAAUUAUCUAAACAACAAAAAUUCAAGCCAGUCAAAAAGUAUACAACAAAUCCAAUUCCAUUGGUAGCAACUUCUCAAUUAGCAACAAAUCCAUCAGAAGAAAGACGACAUUGUAUAUUUUAUGCUGAUAACGGUGGGUUUCAAAGUAGUGAUCGUCAUGAUCAAGAUUCUGAUCUACUUUACUUUAUUGGUGUCAUCGAUAUACUUACUCCUUAUAAUUUUAUGAAGAAAUCAGAACACAUAUGGAAAAGUAUCACUCAAGAUAAGAAUACGAUUUCAUCUGUUCCACCAAAAGUUUAUGGUCAACGGUUUUUGGAAUUUAUGGAAAAUGCUGUCAGAAACCAUCACUUUUGAUUAUUUAUAUAUUUCUUUUUUAUCGUUUAUCCAUUUUACAUAUCUUUUAUAUUGUAUAUAUAUAUAUCCUCACACACAUCUACUCUAUCCAUUCAUUUAUUUACACGAUUUACCUUUAUACAUAUCUAGACAUUACAUUUACAAUAAAAAGCAUCCUUUCUGGAAUUCAACAUUUUAGCUUCCAG